AGCCAUUUUGGUUGACAACACUCAGUCAGCGCCGGGUAAAGGGAAGACUCCGUUCCAGCUAAUUCCGUAGAUCCAAUGGAUGCGUUCUGCAUGGAGUAUGCCCGUGGUGUCCAGGAGUCCUGCAUGACAGCGACUUCUCGUGGACUGCUUACAACGCCAGCGCCACUGCCGGGCAUGGUCGUGAAGGUGGAGAGCCGGAAAUCGACCCCCCAGCAGUUGAUGGCAAAGGCAUUGGCGGAUCUGUAUGCGCGCCUCUCACCAACCGAUGUGGUCCGCUUCAACCAGCUUCUGUCCGGCAUCUCCCACAACCCAGGCAAGCUGAGUGCGGCGGAUCAAGCGAUGCUUUCCCAAGUGAUCCGUACCUUGGAGCAGAGCGUGAUGGCCGAUGCUCACAACAUGAUGCCUGACUUGGACACUACAAGCGACAGCACCCGGUCGCCCUGCGACAACGCCGACCACGAGCACUCAGAGGACGACUUUGGAGGCUCCAGUGUGGGAACCUUGCCACCUGUGGAGGAGGAGCCAGGAAACUCUCCCCGAUAUGUACAUGUUCGCACGGAGGCCUCGUUGUGGCUGUGAAGGGUCGCCGAGGUCGAAAAAAGGGCUACGCCAGAGUCGUUUCAGCCCUUCGCGAGGAGGAACCGUUCGGGGAGGUGGGCGUUGGACCAAUGAGUGACACCCGAGUGUAAAUACUGUGGUUGUUUUGCGCAUUGGCGCAAUACAGUGGAGCUGCUGCGGAGGCGUGCGGCAAAGGUGUGAGGAACAAACCCACCUCGAU